AUGUGUCUCUAUUCUGAGCAAGAACCAAAAUCGUAUCAUGAGGCCAUCACUAAGCCUUUCUGGCAGGAGGCAAUGCAAGCCGAAAUAGCAGCUUUAAUGAAGAACCAAACUUGGGACAUCAUAGCCACACCUCUCACUGUCAAACCCAUCGGUUGCAAAUGGGUUUUCAAGAUCAAACGAAGGCCUAACGGAUCCUUUGAAUGCUACAAAGAUCGCCUAGUAGCGAAAGGUUACUCACAAAUUGAAGGCAUUGACUACCUUGAAACUUUCUCUCCCAUUGUGAAAAUGGCUACAAUUCGAGUCGUUCUUGCUUUGGCAUACAUUCACAAUUGGGACUUGCAAUAA